AAAUUUAUCCGCAACUUUCCUGAAGAAGAAGAAGAGGAACAAAUCAAUGGCUGAUGCUGCAGUGGGUUUUGUAGUCCGGAAACUUGGUGAACUUUUAGCUCAAGAAGCCAUCAAUUUGUAUGGAGUGAGUGAUCAAGUGGAGUGGUUGGAACGAGAACUGGGGAGAAUGCAGUGCUUCUUAAAGGAUGCAGAUGCAAAGAAGAACAAGGGUGAUGAGAGGGUCAAGAACUGGGUCAAAGAGAUGAGAGACCUUGCUUUUGAAGUUGAGGACAUCGUUGACACUUUCAUGUAUUUCAAGCUCCGAAGACCAGAGAGGGAUGGUUGCAUCGGCUUCAUUGAGAGGUUUGUAUUUAUAUUUCAUGAAUUGGUCAGUAGACACAAGGUUCAUGUGGAUGUUGAAGGGAUAAAAACUAAGUUGCAGGAGCUAUCUCGAAGUAGAGAAGUAUAUGGCAUUUCUAAUAUUGGUACAACAAGUCAGUCCAGAAGUCAAAAUGUGAUCCCUAUAUUGCCUCAACUGAGUGAUGACAUUGAUAUGGUUGGCUUUGAUGAUGAGAAGAAAAAGAUUGUCCAAGAGUUGGUUGACAUGAACAAUGCAAAUCGGUCAGUGAUCUCUAUGGUGGGUAUGGGUGGUUUGGGAAAGACCACUCUUGCUAAAUCUGUUUAUAAUGAUCUUGAAGUCAAGAGAAGUUUUGAUAUAUUUGCAUGGGUAAUCAUAUCUCAAGAAUAUACCAUCCAUGAGGUUUUAAAGAGAAUCAAAUCAGAAGUUUCAGCAACUCCAUUAGCUGACACAAUCCAAGACCUCUCGGUUGCUAUUUCUGAAAAAUUGAAGAAAGGCAAGUACUUGAUCGUUCUUGAUGAUGUUUGGAAAGAAGAUGCAUGGACUGAAUUACUAAAGGUCUUUCCAGAUGUUAAUAAUGGAAGCAGAGUUAUUAUCACCACUCGCUUCUUAAAUAUUGCUAAGAUUGCAGAUCCUACCAUCCAACCUCAUGAAUUGCGUUUGUUAAAUAUAAAAGAGAGCAAGGAAUUGUUUCUUCGCAAGGUCUUCCCAAGACAAAAUACUGAAACAUGUUGUUCUGACGAGUUACUUGAUUCUGCUCAUCAGCUUGUUAAAAGGUGUGGGGGUCUACCACUAGCACUAGUAGUUCUUGGAGGUCUUGUCUCAACUAAGCCACAAACUAAAGAUGCAUGGCAUAAAGUUGUUGAGAGCAUGAAAAGGCAAUUUGUGAAAGGUGGAGAUAAGUGUUUGGAAAUACUUGCAUUGAGUUAUAAUGAUUUGCCACAUUAUUUGAAAUCAUGUUUUCUUUAUUUUGGUUGCUUCGGAGAGGACAUGAAUAUUCCUUCAAAAACAGUAAUUAGAUUGUGGUCAGCAGAAGGUUUCUUACCAACAGAAAAUGGUAAAACCAUAGAAGAAUCUGGAUUUGAUUGUCUGGUGGAGUUGGCACAACGAUGUUUAAUUCAAGUUACCGAGCAUGAAUAUGAUGAUGGUGUAAAAUAUUGUCAAAUCCAUGAUCUCUUGCGUGACAUGUGCAUUUCAGAAGCCAAAGAUAACAGAUUUCUUGAAAUCUACCAGAAUGACACUGUUGAUCGUGCGACAAUGCAAAAUGCAGCCCGACGACUGAUCAUAUUUAAUGAGAUUAAGACUCUAAACUAUUAUAACUCAAAGUUGCGGGGUCUAUUCUACAGCCUUGGAUCUUAUCAACGUCUGGAUUUCACAGCUCUGAAUGGACAGCUUGGCAAAUUUAAAUUAUUAAGAGUGCUUUAUGUGAAUAAGUUGGUUAUAUCAGAAUUCCCAAGUGAAAUCAAAUCAUUAAUUCAUUUAAGAUAUCUUGAGUUGCAUGUUGGGCGUUUGAAGGAAGUUCCAUCAUGGAUUGGUGAUCUCCGCAAUCUCCAAACUUUUAUUAUACAUGGAUUUUCUGAAAAGAUACCAGAUUCACUCUGGACAAUUGCUAAUCUCAGGCAUGUUUAUCUAGAAGGUACAUCAACUGAUGUUCCUCUAAAUAUGGGAAAUGAUGUACCAAAGAAUUUGCAGACUUUAGUUGGGUUAAAUGCUGGACCAUGGAUAGAGAAUACACUUCCAAAGCUCACAAACCUAUGUGAAUUGAGCAUUAAUGAAGUCCCUAAUAAGCAUGUGGAUGCCCUAGCUUCAUCACUCCAGAAAUUGGGUCGUCUUGCCUCCUUUUCUAUAAUUAAUUAUCCUUAUAGUAGAAAUGCAAUUCGUUUGGACAACAUCAUUACAGCCUUUUCCAAUCAACACUGCCUCAAGAAAUUGUAUCUUAAAGGAUGUUUGAAAAGUGAACAGCUUCCAGAUAAUGAUGAAUUUCCUCAACAACUAGUGGAACUACAUCUGUCAUAUGUUGGAUUGAAGCAAGACCCAAUGGCAACACUAGAGAAGCUGACACGUCUCAAACAUUUACGACUCGAUCGUGCAUAUAGAGGCGAAAAGAUGAAAUGUUCGGCAACAGGUUUCCCACAACUGUUAUCCUUCAGAAUUUCGUGUCUUGAUAAACUUGAGAAGUGGAAGAUUGAGGAGAACGCAAUGCCCUGCCUCAAGUCUUUGGGGAUCUACGAUUGUAGUAGGUUGAAGAUGAUUCCAGAAGGACUGAAGAAUGUGCCACUUCGUCAAUUGAAAUUAUCAGAUAUGCCUGAAGAAUUUAAAACUAGGAUGAAGGAGAAUACAGGAGAAGACUGGUACAAGAUACAACAUGUGCCCAACAUCUCCAUUAAAAACGAGAACUGGGGAGAAUGCAGUGCUGAGUGCUUCUUAAAGGAUGCAGAUGCAAAGAAGAACAAGGGUGAUGGUGAGAGGGUCAAGGGCUGGGUCACAGACAUGAGAGACCUUGCUUUUGAAGCUGAGGACAUUAUUGACACAUUCAUGUAUUUCAAGCUCCGAAGACAACAGAAGCAGCCUGGUUGUAAUGGUUUCAUCAAGAGGUUUGUAUUUAUAUUUGAUGAAUUGGUCAGUAGACACAAUGUUCAUGUGGAUGUUAAGGGGAUAAAAUCUAAGUUGCACGAGUUAUCUGAUAGUAGAGCACUAUAUGACAUUUCUAAUAUUGGUACGACUAGUCAGUCUAGAAGUCCAGGUGAGAUCCCUAUAUUGCCUCAACUAAGUGAUGACAUUGAUAUGAUUGGCUUUGAUGAUGAGAAGAAUAUGAUUGUGCAAGAGUUGGUUGACAUAAACAAUGCAAAUCGGUCAGUGAUCUCUAUUGUGGGUAUAGGUAGUCUGGGAAAGACCACACUUGCUAAAUCCAUUUAUAAUGAUGAUGAAGUCAAGAGAAGUUUUGGUAUAUUUGCAUGGGUAAUCAUAUCUCAACAAUAUACUAUCCAUGAGAUUUUGAAGAGAAUCUCAAUGAACUUUUCUCUAUUUUGGUGCCGCUUCCAAAGAGGACAUGAUUAUCGAUGCAAAACAUUACUGGGAUCGUGGUCAGCGUACGAUUUCUUACCAGUGAAAAAUGGUAAAACCACAGAAGAAGUUGGAUUAGAUUGUCUGGAGGAUUUGGCACAAAGAUGCAUGGUCCAAAUUACUGGUCGCGAAUAUGAUGACAGUGCAAACUAUUGCCGAAUCCAUGAUGUCUUGCGUGAUAUGUGCAUUAGGGAAGCCAAAGAGAAUCGAUAUUUUGAAAUCUACAAGAAUAAUGACACUGUAGAUUAUGUGACAAUGUCAAAUGCAGCCCGACGACUAGUCGUAUAUAAUGAGAUUGACAUUCUAAACUAUUCUAACUCAAUGUUGCGGGGUCUAUUCUACGGUGGCGAAGGAUUUAGUAAUCAUCUGGCUUUCAGUGCUUUGAAAGGACAUCUUGGCAGAUUUAAAUAUUUAAGAGUGCUUAUUUUGAAUGCUCCGGAUAUGUCAGAAUUUCCAAGUGAAAUCAAAUCAUUACUUCAUUUAAGAUAUCUUCAGUUGCAUGUUCUCCGUCUGAAGGAAGUUCCAUCAUGGAUUGGUCAUCUCUGCAAUCUCCAGACUUUUAUUCUACAUGGUGGAGAUUUAGAAAAGAUAUCUGAUUCACUUUGGACAAUUGGCAAUCUCAGGCAUGUCCAACUACCAAAAUCAUUGGCUGAUCCAAAUAUGGGAAAUAAUAUACCAAAGAAUUUGCAGACUUUAGAAGGGGUAAAAGCUGGAUCAUGGAUAGAGAAUACACUUCCAAAUCUCACAAACCUAUGCAAAUUGGAGAUAUGCAACGUCUCUAAUUAUCAUGCCGAUGCCCUAUCUUCAUCACUCCAGAAAUUGUGUCGUCUUGCCUCCUUUUCUAUAACUAAUAAUCCUUAUGGAAAUGAAAUUCCUUCGGACAACAUCAUUACAGCCUUUUCCAAUCAACACUGCCUCAGGAAUUUGUAUAUCUAUGGAAGUUUGAACCGCAAACAACUUCCACACAAUGAUGUGUUUCCUCAACAACUAGUGUCACUACAUCUAGCCUGUUCUAAAUUGGAGCAAGACCCAAUGGCAACACUAGAGCAGCUGCCAUGUCUCAAAUAUCUUAGACUUGGAGUAGAUUCAUAUACAGGCAAACAGAUGAUAUGUUCGGCAACAGGUUUCCCUCAACUGUUAUCCUUGGAAAUUGAGUAUCUUAAGGAACUUGAGGAGUGGAAGAUAGAGGAGAAGGCAAUGUCAUGCCUCAAGUCUUUGAAGAUCCGAGGAUGUAAAAGAUUGAAGAUGAUUCCAGAAGGACUGAAGAAUGUGCCACUUGAUCAAUUGAUAUUGGAACAUAUGCCUGAAGAAUUCGUGUCUAGGAUUAAGGAGAAUACCGGAGAAGACUGGUACAAGACACGACAUGUGCCCAACAUCUCCAUUUUUUUAUAAUAUUAAGAUAAAGAAACUGAUGAAUGAAGAAAUUGCUGAAGAAAUUAAUAACAUAUAGGGCUGCGUGAGUGAGGCGUGCUUUUGGACUUCAAAGGAGCUCCAUAUUAAGUCAGCAACCAAGGAAGCUUACAUGAAGUUUCUUAUAUAUGAACUCUACUUCAAUAAUUGAUGUUUGUGUGGAUUUAUGUGAUUUUAUUCAUGUAAUGUUAUUUGGGUUUGAUACUUUGUGGUUAUAUGCCCAGACAUAUAUGUGUAUUUGUGAUUUUAUUUUGUAACGUAAUUGGGUUUGAUACUAUGUCAUUUUAUAUCUAUUUAUGUGUGUGACAA